GUAACUUAAAAAUAUAUGUGAAACACACCACAGUGUAGAGUCGUAUUCCUCCAGCCGAUAGUUACAAAGUAGGAAAACAGGUAACACUGGUAAGAUCUCAAAUGAUUCCGAAAAUAUAAUGGCAGCUGAAUCGAUCUUUAAACUAGCGAUACCGCUGUUUGCGUUGGUGGGAAUUUGGCCUCGUCGAUGCAUCACACUUGCAAACCAAGGUUAGAAAACAUUUCCUGGAUAUAUCGGUUGUUUAGCCAUAGAGUCUAAGCUUUUAAUAGCACACUCAGAUUAAGGGCCCCAAUUUUAUAACUACAGUCGGGGGACAAAAGUAUUAGUCACUUUCAAUAUAGCGGCGUUUGUUUACGCGCGCUAGUUUUAACACCGUUUGCGGCAAAUCUAACUUUAAAAUCACCUUAAUAUUUAGUGAGAUGACUCUUCAUUUCAAUUACAUUAUUUAGGCGGUCAGGUAUGGACUGGUAAAGGCCUCUUAUAUAAUCCAAUUCUGAUCCGCCACACGCUCUGGAUUUCACGCAGAAGAUCAUUUUUGGUAGAGAUAUCUACCGCAGACUUUUGUAGCUCUCUCUUCAUGUAGAGCCAGAUAUUUUCUAUUAUAUUUAAAUCUGGUGUGGUGUAGGAUAUUGCCGGGUAGCUAGCCUGCGUAGCUGGCGGUAUUGUGUAGUAGUCGAGUGAAAUUUGGCGGCGGAGCCGUUGUAAUAUAGUCGAAUGAGAUUUGACGGCGGAGCUGUCACGAGCGGCGAAGCCGUGAGAAAUACCAACCGCCUCGUCCCUACUCCCUUUUUUUGGAACACGGCUCCGCCGCCAAAACUUUAAUCUCGCACCCACACUAUACCGCCAGCUACGCAGGCUACCGGGUAGCUUACCAAUAUGACUGGUGAUUGAAUUAACUGAAGAGAAAAGAAAGGGGUUAUAUUCUUUGCAAGAGAGAAUUCUUUGUGAGCUUUUGUGGUGUUCAACUAUAGAUCUUUUUCGUCGUACUCCUCAAAGUUCUUUGUUGCCUUUCACGGUUGCUGUUAUUUCUUUGACCACAAACACGUGCACAGCGUGCAAAAUUUUGUUAAAAGCAGAAACUUAACCAUUUUCAGUUUCACGUUUACGUACGUUUCAGGUGACUGCAGAAAGCUGUCGUUUCCACCAUAUUUGUUCUUUGCCAACAAACGUCUGGUGAACCACGUAAUAAAAACCGAGCAAGUCCCUGAUAUGGAUACAUGUGAAAUGUUAUGUUUCAACGAGCACGACUGCGUCAGCUGCAAUUUUGAAAAUAACGUGAGCAGCGAUGAUGGAACACACCAAUGUGAACUGAACAAUUCAACUCAGCAAGAACACGAAGAAGAUUUCCUGGACACAGUCGGUUUCUUCUACCAUGGGACCGACGUAAUGUCAAAUUAUUCAAUUUAUAGUUCUCUUUUUUAGAUAAUCAGUUUUCAUUCAUCGAGGAUAUAGCCUGCAAGCUAGAAGCUAUUUUCGCUUGUCUUUAGAGAAAAGAGAAACAGGCAACCUAAGUUCAGUGGAAAUGAAAUUUGUGAGAUCUCACUUACUGUUUGAAGUGGAAAUAAGUCGGGCAAGUUUGUAUGAAAUAAUGUAGAAAAAAUGAUUGGUUCAUGUUACUAUCUUUGCAUUUUUAUCAAAAUGACGAGUUUCUUUACGUUGAAAACGGUUGUCCCUGAAAUACUCUUUACACAAAUGCGCCCGACACUAGCAUCAGUUUCAGUUUUCAAACACUUUCAAAAGAACUUUUUAAUUAAACUUAAAAAGUUAAGUAAGUUUAAAGCGUAUUGAAAAUACAUCUAACUUUGAACAGCGAAACAAACCUUAGGUUUUGCAAAUUUUUCUUGCAUUACUCUUUAAAUUUAAACCGGGGGGUGUAUCGGAGAAGGCUUGCGGACUGAUCCACCUUUUUUCAAUGCGAAGUGAGUGGUGGUGUUCCGAAAAUCUAGUAAAUAAAUAGAGUAACAUACGUUGACAUGACAAUGACUGGUACCUCUUUUUGAUACUGCGUGUUGAUUGUUUGUUUGUUUCUUUUACAGAGCGCUUGUGAUAGCAACCAUUGUCUCAACGGUGCAACUUGCCAGUCUGGAUUCACAGACAAACUAUAUCGCUGUCUCUGCCCUACGGGAUGGACAGGCGAGCAUUGCGAACAAGGUAAAGAAUGACGAUUUUAUAUCGUACUUUUCGCUGUUUCUCAACCCGAGUUCUCAACUACCUUCCAUCUUUGUAAUUAAAGUACAAUCGAGGAUAUACCAAUAAAUGUUGUGUUUUUCGGCAGGUAAUCCAAAGCUAAUACAAAUGAACGAGUAUUUACGGUAUAAAAUAAGCGAUGAACUGACAUUUUCCAAUAUUUCGGAUGGUAAAGCUGUUCUUUAGGUGGAAAAAAGAUUAAGGAAGGCCUGACCUGGGCUGACCGUCCGAAUUAUCAGUAAACCCCAAGUUUAAUUUAAUCUUAGUUCCUUUUUUGAAAGGGGCAAGGUUUGUAUAACGUCGUCAUUUUCUUGAACGUUUUAACGUUAAUUAAGGCCAUGAAAAUGAAAAAAAGUGGCUAGAAUAAGACGCCAAUGUUUGUUUAUUCAUUUAUUUAUUUAUUAUGAUGGCAAACAAGAAGGGGAAAGAUAAAGCCAUAUGGACAAUCCGUAUGGAAGUUGAUGACCCCAUAUCAAAAACAGAUAAUAGGUCAAUCGAGAUAACACUUUUGUAUAUAAACAUACUUAAAGAAUAAAAUAUCAGAGAAAUUGUUUAAUGUACAGAAUAUAUACACUCAAAAAAGAAUAGAAAUGGUACUAUUUGAGGGUAAGGUUCUAGUAAGAAGGGAUAAAACGGGUAUGAAACUAACAAGUUAACAGCGUCCAAACACUUGCCUUAAAUAUAUUUGCAUAAUUUAGUGGGGCUACGAAUGUCUGUUUAAUAGCAAGGCAUCACAAUUGUCAACAAUCCUAUAAAGGAAGUUAUGUUUAAGACCAUUGGCUCGUUUAUCAUUUGCUAAUAGUAUAAUAUAUUUGUUUUUUGUUUUGCUUUUUGUUUCUUUGUUUUUUGCCGUAUUGUAGUACUGUACAUGCACUUUCUUCGCUCAUCAUUACUCAAAACCCCACUACAGUAAAACCCCGCGUAUAAGAACCUGUUGGGCUAAUAUUUUCAUUUUAAGCCCCCUCCACAUAAGAACGUAUUAAGGCUAAAAUUUGAAGUUAGGUUCUUAUCAGUGGAGUUGCUGUAAAAGUGUAUCAACUUUGAAAUGGCAGUUCAGGGAACUGACUAUGACUUUCUUUGUUAUGUUUUGUUAAGGACAUAGCUGCACUGUAUUGCCUUUAGGCAUUAUGUUAUAAAUGAUUUAUAUUGUAUUAUGAGAUGACAUUUAUAAUAUACUUAAAUGAAAUUCAUAUGAAAAUAUAAGAACCUAUUUUAAGAACCUUAGUAGUCUAAAUUUGCUUUAAGUACCAUUUAUAUAAGAACCUGUUAAGGCUAAAUUAAAAAAUCCAGGUUCUUAUACGCGGGGUUUUACUGUACUUUAAAAACUUCUCGCCUCAGGUUACCCCACGUCGUUUAUGUCAAGUCCGACAAAGUUUUCCAACCUUCAGGACUUGUCGACUUGAAUACCUACAAACACCUCGUUCCCAGAUCCUCUCUCCUUCCCUUCACCUGGAGAAUCUCGAAGAGAUCGCUGUGGCAAGGUCUGCCGGGUAACGUGGACGGAGUCCUGACUAUUCGCCAGUUAUGCUGCUAGGAAAUUACGUUUAAGGCGCUGCACUCUUCUUUGGGGUUACUUUAUUUUCAUUUCUAUUACAGACAUCGAUGAAUGUGACGGUGGAGUCCAUGAUUGCCUUCCUAGUUUGGCUUCCUGUAAAAACACAUUGGGUUCGUUUAAUUGUUCUUGUAACCAUGGAUACAUAGGAGAUGGAAAGACAAACUGUACAGAGGCACCAGGUAAAAUUAUUGACAAUUUUACACUCUGUGCGUUUUGUUUUACUGAGGUUGCAAUUGGCUUUGUUUUCCUAUAACAAAGAGAUUUCAUUUUUUUCUUAAAUAAGUAUCUCAGCGGUCCAGAAUCGUUAGUUGUUACUCGUUAUAAAUCUCACGCAUGCGGCAGUACCAACUAUUUUACUGUUUCAAAACUUUAGUUUACUGACUUCGUUUUUGUGGUCUAGUCUAUCGAUGUAGUAAUUGCUCGAAUAAGGGAAUAGAGUAAUUAUUCAGCUCUUCGAGAAGCUGAGUUUGCACUAAUUCAAGAGGGCGCUUAUUUGAAUGGGCUGCUUAUUUCAAUUCUAAAACUUUGGCCUUAAAAAUAACGUUAUCUUUAUUUCAAGUAAACACAAACUGUAACCUCUACUAACUAUGCUGUAACAGACACCGAAACCUAGAAACAUGUCUGUAAGAAGAAACACAAAUCUGCGUAUGGCUUCUAAGUUCAGUGAUCUGGCAUAAAAAAUCCUCCCAUUAUACAAGUUUCUCUCCCUAGAAUAUGCAUAUUCAUUGAGUGGACGAUUAUUUGAAGGGAGCACCUUUUAGCCUCGGGCGUUUUCGAGUUGCAUGCGAAGACAAGUUAUUGGAAGCUGUGCUUGAAUAUCGCAAGGUCAAAUUUUGCAGACGAUAUACUGUAAAAUCCCGAAAAUAAGUCCCGGGGCCUACAUUUUUCAAAGGCCCUCUUUUUGAAGGGGCUUAUAUAUGGAGGAAAAUUUCCGUUUCAAAAUCGCUAGGCUUAUAAUGGGAGGGAAAUAUGCGUCUCAAAAUCCAUUGGGCUGGCUUAUAGUUAGAAAGAAAUUUAUAUCAGUAAUUUGCAGCAAGAUUUUACUAAAUCUCGCCUUGAGGACGUAACUCAAUAGGUCCAAAGUACUUCGCCGAUUUUCUGGAUUUACCCUUAAAUUCAGAAAAUGUUAUUAUAAUCUAAGGGGUAAGGGAAGUAACUUGGUACAGCCUAAUUUUACUAUUGAGUGGAUGCAUAAAUCCUUUUCACUUAUAGCUAGCAAGGUGUGGAAUAAACUACUGCAGGCUAUGCAUUAGAAAUUCUGAUAAUCUUAAUGUGUUUAAAAAGACUCUUCAAUUUUGCUUUGAAUAUGUUAAUAAGUUAUUUUAUCAUAAUUACUAUUAUCUAAUCUUUUCUUAUGCUUUGCUAUCAUAGCUUAGCUCUUUUUUAAAUGACAGAUUUUUAUGUAAUGACAUUUUUAUGUAAUGGAUGUUAGUUCUUACAGCAAGUAGUUAAAGUUUUUUUUGUUCUACUUAGGUUUUUGUAAUUUUUUUUUCUUCUCCGAUGCAGGUCCGAACAAGGUUUUGUUAAAUCCUUGGUGUUUACGUGUAUAAAUAAACUAAUCACUUGACUUACUUAGAUCUCUCUAAAACGCAGCCAUGCAAGUACUUUGUCUAUAUGGUCCGAGGAAAUCCAAGCCAACUCGGAAGAGUGAAUUUACUGCGCAACCAGCAAUAUACUGUGACCCUUUUUAACUGCAAUCAUUUGGCAGAAGUUAUAGUUCUUUGGCAAAUGCAAAAAACUUUGUGUUACUGUAGAGUUUUUGCUUUGUUUUAUUUUGAAUUUGAGUGUAAUUUUCGAGUACAAGCCCCCGGAUUCUUGUAUUUGGAGGGGCAAUUUAUCGGAGGUUUUUUUGCGUUACGAGUUUGGGGGGCUUGUAUUUGGAGGGGAUUAUUUUCGGAAUUUUACGGUAACAUAACGUUAUAGCAAACAUAUUUUGCCAGUCCAUUAGCCUUUCAUUAUGUCGAGGUUCCAAAUGGCAGCUAAAUGGUGCAAAAAAGCACCUGACUCAUAAUGAAUCAAUGAAAUUCUUUCAAACAAUUUUUUUUCUAACCAUUGUUUAUUCUAACUAUCUUAAACAUUAGUUAUUCUUUUCAGAAUGUUAUAACUUCACAUCUCUGACCGACGCUGACAGGAAACCAUCAUUUCAUCUGGUUGAACCCGCUAAAAGAGACACGAAUCUUGGUCCAGGGUGGUUUCGUUUCCAAGGCGACGCAGGUAGUAUGAUGACUACUUCAUGUCCGCCUAUAGCGACGUGUAACACCGCUGCACCCGGCUGGUUAAAUGGUUCUCAUCCUGAAGUAACUGAUGGUAUUGUCACAAGACAAGUCUGUUUUAGUUACAAUGCAGGAUGUUGUGAGUGGCAAACCCAAAUCCAAGUGAGGAAUUGUAAUGAAUACAUUGUAUACUAUCUUCACAGCACACCAUUUCAUGGAGGUUCUCUCCGCUACUGCGGCACUGACUAAAGUGAAGGAGAUCUACAAACACCUAAUCUGACUUUUCAUGUGGUUCAUAUAUCGACCAAACUGCCACUGAGGUGGUUAUUAAUGGUAGUCAUUAAGUCAUAGCUUGCGUAAGUCUCUUCUAUUUUCUCGCUAGUAGGCGGUGGCCACCGAUCUGUCGAUUAUGGACUUAUCGGUGGCUUUUAUUCUGUGGGUGUGAGCCAAACACGCCCCAUUGUAACCUCUCCGUGGGACUGAGGCUAGACACUGUAAAAGAAUGGACGUUUGGGGGCUGUCCGGCGGUGAGGGAGGGUCUGGUUGGGUUCGGAAAAUGUAACUAAUAAGUAACAAACUAGAUACUG